AUGGAAGACGAACUAGAAGAUCGCGUAGUACACCAAACGUACUUAUCGUUUAUGAAAAUUUUGUCACGCUUUAGUAGUAGUGUUGCGUUUGACACCCCGACGAGCUAUUUAUGGAAGAUGGUGCGACUUUAUUUACUGCGCUCCGAAGUGCUAAUUUUUACCUUAGCUAUUGUGGUAUUCUUCAUGUAUUUGCAGACGAUAGGGUUAUGGAGUCGAACAUUACUAAGCAGGCUGUCGCAUGCUGUAAAUCCAAUAAGCGCAGUUCAGCGAAUGAAAUUGAUGGAUGGUUCUGAUGCCGACAAGCAAAGUUGGGAAUUAAAAGGUUCAUUGAGCGCUGCUUACGCAAUUCAGGGUAGGAGAAUGCAUAUGGAGGACAAGUUCAUUAUUAAUGAAAACAUUAAUAACACAGGCAUAUCAUUAUUUGCGAUAUUUGAUGGACAUGGCGGUGAAUUCGCUGCGAACUACGCGAAAGACCAUCUCAUACAGAAUUUGUACAAUAAAAUUGUGGAAUUAAGUGCAUUUAAAAACGGGAAACUCUCCGAUAUACAAAAAAAUGACAGUCCAGAAGAACCGAAGAAGGAUGAAAAAGAAAAUGUUAGUGUUGAAAGGAAAACAAGUUUCAAAAAAUCUGUUAGCACAGCCGAUGACACUUCUAAGAAGGAAAUUACCGAUCCUCAACUGUUGGCUCAACUGAAUAAAGCUAGGCCAAUAACGCGAGAAGUAAGGCCAGUAAAGCCUGUGAAGAAUGUUACAGUGCCAUUAUCUAGUUACAUAAUUAAGGGAAAGAUUAACUAUGGGAAGUUAUUAACUGAUGAGGUUCUUGCUGCCGAUCAAUUGCUUGUUGAAGCUGCGAAACGGUCUAUGAAUGUUGCUGGGACAACAGCAUUAAUUGCUGUCUUGGAAGACAAUCAUCUAAUAGUGGCAAAUGUAGGUGACUCAAGGGGAGUAAUGUGUGAUGUCCGUGGAAAUGCAAUACCCGUCUCAUUUGACCAUAAACCUCAACAGGUUCGAGAACAAAAAAGAAUAGAGGCAGCUGGUGGGUAUAUAGCGUUCAAUGGAGUUUGGAGGGUAGCUGGUAUUUUAGCUACAUCCAGAGCAAUGGGUGACUACCCUUUAAAAGAUAAGAACUUUGUUAUUGCCAAUCCUGAUAUAUUAACAUUCAAUUUAGACGAUCACAAACCUAUGUUCCUAGUACUGGCCUCAGAUGGCCUAUGGGACACAUUUUCUAAUGAGGAGGCAGUUAAAUUUAUCAAAGAGAGAUUAGAUGAACCAGAUUUUGGAGCCAAAAGCUUAACGCUGCAAGCCUAUUACAGAGGUUCGGUUGAUAAUAUUACAGUAUUAGUAAUUAAUUUUAUGCAUAAGCCGUUUUCAACUACAAAUUUUUCAGAAUAG